GUGCAAGCGCCAGCUUAAGGCACUAAAAAUGGUCCAGCGUCUGACAUACCGGCGUAGGCUGUCCUACAAUACAGCCUCUAACAAGACCAGGCUGUCCAGGACACCUGGUAAUAGGAUUGUGUAUCUUUAUACUAAGAAAGUUGGCAAGGCACCAAAGUCUGCAUGUGGUGUAUGCCCAGGAAGACUUCGUGGUGUCCGCGCUGUUCGUCCAAAAGUUCUUAUGAGACUUUCCAAAACAAAGAAGCAUGUUAGUAGAGCCUAUGGAGGUUCAAUGUGUGCUAAAUGUGUUCGUGACAGAAUCAAGCGAGCAUUCCUUAUUGAGGAACAGAAGAUUGUCGUCAAAGUACUGAAGGCACAAGCACAGAGUCAAAAAUCAAAGUGAUUAUUUGUAUUGUCUGCUCAAUAAAUGAAGAUUUAAAUUUUC